UUUUAUUAUUUUUAAAAUCUAAAAACAGCCCAACAAGUUGGCCGAUAAAUAUGGUCUUGACCUCACACUUUCUUCUUCACUCUUGCCUACAAAUACAAUCGCCAAAAACCCUAAAUUUCUACAAAAGUUGAGUCAUUUUGGUGGGCUAUGCUUUUAUCUCCAAGUAGUUGAAAAAGAUGGAUCUUAGUAGUUUACCGGAAGACAUUAGUUGCCAUAUCCUGUCCUUCCUCUCCACUAAAGAAGCUGCUUCCACAUCGGCUUUUUCGAGAAAAUGGCGGUAUCUCUUUGCUUUUGUGCCUAAUCUUGAUUUGGAUGACUCUGUUUAUCUAAAUCCUCGGAAUAAGACGGACAUUUCCACAAGUUUUAUGGAUUUUGUGGAUAGAGUGUUGGCUUUGCAAGGAAAUUCUCCAUUACACAAGUUCUCUCUAAAGAUCAGAGAUGGCGUUGAUCCAGUCCGUAUCAUUCCUUGGAUACACAAUGUGUUGGAACGCGGUGUAUCCGAUCUUUAUCUACACCUGAAUUUGGAAUCAGAAUUUCUGCUUCCUUCAAAAGUCUACUUGAGCAAGACACUGGUUAGGCUGAAGAUAUAUUUUGGGCAAUAUCCCACCAUUGAUGUUGAAGAUGUUCAUCUCCCAAAGCUUAAGACACUUUAUAUUGAGUCAAGCCAUUUUGAAAAGCAUGGUAUUGGGCUUACCAAGUUUCUUUCUGGUUGUUCCAUGCUUGAGGAUUUAGUUCUGGAAGAUAUAUCUUGGUUCUUUUGGGAUUUCGCGUCGGUGUCUGUCCCAACUCUCAAGAGGCUAACGUUUUGCUGGGAAGAGCGAUAUGAUUUUCCAAAGAGUGUGUCUAUUGAUACUCCAAAUCUUGUCUACUUGAAGUUUACUGACACUGUUGCAGGCAAGUAUCCGAAAGUGAAUUUCGAUUCGCUUGUUGAAGCCCAUAUCGAUCUUCACUUGUUGAAGCCAUUAUUGAUACAGUACCAUCAAGGUUAUGGGGAAAAUGAUAUGGUUGGCAAUGCAACAGAUUUUAUAAUGCGACUAUGCAAUGUGAAGACUCUUUAUCUAUCUGCCAACACUCUUCAGGUACUUACUUACAGUUGUGAUGCAAUACCGCUAUUCAACAACCUGAUUCAUUUAACCAUCGAGAGUAAUCCAAACGUAGGAUGGCAGUCAGUACCGCGCUUGCUCAAGAAUUCUCCAAAUCUUGAAACUCUUAUCUUCCAAGGCCUCAUCCACAAAGCAACGAAUAAAUGUGGAGAUGUGUGCUUGUGCUGCAAACCUCGUGAAGAGAUGCUCAGUUGCUUAGCAACAAGUCCGGUGAAGGUUAUAAAGAUACUGAAAUUUGGUGAAAUUAGUGAUGACAUGGAGAAGCAGAUCAAGUAUUUCUUGGAGACAAUGCCAAAUCUUGAAAAGAUAAUAUUGUACUACAAUACAACAAGUGCUGGAAAUGUAAUUGCAGUUUCAAGCCGGCUUCGGAGGCUAGUUUCUGGAGUAGCUUCAUCCAAGUGCAUUGUCCAACUAAUCUCUGAUAACCUCAGCUUGUCAUCUACUGUAUCGAAAGAUGGGCUCCUCUUCUUUAAGAAUACCCUCUUCGGUUUGAAGAUUAUCCUCCUCAGAGAUGAUUAGCUUUGUACUCGCUAAAAUGAUCUCUUGUUUCGGCCUAAUUCUGUUGUAAAGACGUGUUAUUUAGGCUCUGUCCUUUUUAGCUUACAAUGUUAACUUCAUAUUUUGUUUGUUUCAGUUCGUCUUUUGUGUUGA